CGCAGGUUGUGCGCUGGGAUAUUUGUCCAAACAGGAGCACAUUCUUGUGAGAAAGACGUUAACAUGGAGCAACACUGGUCGUCAGUUUGUGCACUCAUUUUAGCACUCGGUGCAUGUGUGCACUUUGACGUAGUUUUUGCUGCAGAAGCUGAAUGCAAUUUAACAGUGAUUCUUCCCAAACCAGGCCACUGCCCACGUCUCCUGAAUGUUGUCCCAUCACAUAAGGGGUGUGUGUGUGAUGAAGACUGUCCUGCUGACCACAAAUGCUGUGUCUUUGACUGUGGAGCUGUCUGUGUCCCUCCUGCUUUCACCAAGCCAGGAGUGUGUCCUCGCAGGCAGUGGGGCUCAGGACUGUGUGCUGAAUUUUGCUCCGAUGACAGUGACUGCCUCAACGAUGAGAAGUGCUGCCACAAUGGAUGUGGACAUGAGUGCAUUGCACCAUACACAGUGAAGCCGGGUCGCUGCACUCUUCCCCAGGGAACCCUCAUGUGUGCUGAGUUCUGCUAUCAUGACGGUCAGUGCCCAGGAGAGCAGAAGUGCUGCAAGACAACCUGCGGCCACGCCUGCAGUGAGCCCUGCUGAUCGUACAGCUCAGAGACUCAGCUGCACGUGGAGCAACAACACAGAAAAUGUGUCAUGUUCACUUUUUCAACUCCAUAGAAGCCCACUUUGGUACAAUAUGUGAGCUUCAGUUUGCACAAAGAUGGAUUAUUUGGGGGAGAAAGUCAAUUGUGCUCCAUUAAUAUAGUUAAGACACUAUUUUAUGUACUUUAACAAUCAAAUAGUUUUCUAGUCAAGCAAGAACUAUAGAAUAACAUGCAGGAUGAAAAUAGUUGGUAGGAUGCCAUUCAGUCUUCAAAAGACCUAUACAACAUAUAACAUGUCAAUUAUUUUACAGUUUUUGUGUACGAGCAUUGAUAUUGUAUCUUCUAGUAUAUUCCACAUUGAUGAAACAUGUACUGUACUUAUGUUAGUUGCUUGUAGAGUUUGACGGUAUGGAGCAACUUGUAUUUCAAACUAAUAAAAAUG